AUGGAUCACUCAGAGAGUAUGUUUCCUCAAGACUAUUUCGAGAUCGAGGACGAGGACGAUUACCGGAAUCCCGUCUAUUACGAGAACGAGGAGAUCGACGAAGAGGAUGAGGAUGAGGACGACGACGAAUUUAUGGAACCCGACGAAGACGAUGAAUUUCACGACGCCGAAGAAGGCCGUGUCGAGUUCCUAAUCCAGUUUCAGCACGACGACGACGACGAUGAUGAAGAUGAAGACGAAGACGACGAUAACGACGGGGAAGGCGAUGAAGAAGGCGAUGAAGAGGAAAGCGAUGGGGAGAAUGCGCAGCCCCGCAGGGCUGAUGACCCGGGCGUACAGCAGCGCUUAAUUAACCUAAUAAGUAGUCGUCGUACCGGUCUACUGUCGCGGCGUCAAGUCUUGGAUUUUCUUAGGAGGUCGAACCUUGGACACCUAGUAUUUAGUGAUGGCGACGACGAUGAAGACGUUAACUUGCACUUCUAUAGAAGACAGCGCCAUGGAUUAAAUCCAGAGAGGUUUCCGAAGGUCCCAAGCGAGAAAGGAAGAGAGUUGAUGCAGUCUGGCACUUUUGGUUCGAACGAUGCUCCUUCCAGUAUAACCACCAAGAAGCGGCUGGCCCGGAGAAUACUUGAUCGCGAACUCGGCGUAGGGAAUCGAAGGGUUCGUCAGGUUAACCAAGGCUUAAUGGCGCAAUCAACGAUCCCCAGCUCGAACGCUGAGAUGAUCAUUAACUAUGGCGACAAUGUAUAUUCCGGCCAAUUCUCGGAUGACGGCAAUUUCUUCUUCGCAUGUGUCAAGGAUAUGAAAGUCCGGAUGUACGAUACCUCAAAUCCGUAUAAUUGGCGACAUUACAAGACGGUUCCCUUCACCUUUGGCUCUUGGACGUUGACGGAUGCUUCCCUUAGCCCGGAUAACAAAUGGCUAGCAUAUACUUCUAUACAGAGCAAUGUUUGUUUGGCGCCAACUGAUCCAAAUGAUACGGGCGACCCAUACAUGAUGAAUUUGUCCGAGAGCGGGAGGGUAGGCUGGCGUGGUGGCUUCGGUAUAUUCUCGAUCCGCUUCUCCGGAGAUGGACGGGAACUGGUGGCUGGAACCAACGCAAAUUCCAUCGUGGUAUACGACAUCGAAUCGCGACGAGUUCUACACACGAUUGAGGGACACGACGAUGACGUAAACGCCGUGUGUUUCGCGGACAAGUCGUCGCCACACAUCCUGUACUCCGGUAGCGAUGAUGCUACGAUCAAGGUCUGGGACCGACGCAGCAUGGGCGAUGGACGUGAGGCUGGUGCGUUCGUGGGUCACAUAGAGGGUCUCACGUACCUCGACAGCAAGAAUGAUGGACGCUAUCUACUUAGCAACGGCAAGGACCAGAGUAUGAAGUUGUGGGACCUCAAGAUGAUGUAUACAACUGCGAAGUACGAAGAGCUAAAUCCUCGACAACACACCCGCUAUAGCGAGUUCGACUACCGUUGGGGUCGAUUUGACGACAACGACUGGUUCCCCCAUCCCAAUGACAACUCAGUCGUUACCUUCCGUGGCCACCAGGUCUUGCGUACCUUAAUUCGUUGUCAUUUCUCGCCUCCUGGCAGCACCGACUCGCGGUACGUGUACUCUGGUAGCCACGACGGCAAGGUAUACGUGUGGAACAUGGACGCCACUAUUGCGAAGGUCAUCGAUGUUAAGAAGACGUCUUCGCAAGCCUGGGGAGCGUCACAUAACCAAAGUGUGAGUGGUUGGUCCACAGUUGUUCGAGACGCGAGUUGGCAUCCUACUGCUCCUUUCAUUGCUGCCUCGUCAUUGAACGGGUGGAACAGCUCCAGGGGAACAGUCACAGUACAUUCGUACAAUGAGUCGUCGGAUGAUGAAGGAGAGCCCCGUAUGGGCACCGAGUACGACGAGAAGCUUAGGCCUUUAGGUAGCGAGACAACUCCCCGUGGGGAUUAUUGGGAAGAAGAGGACGAGAUGGAUGAUGAGCGUGAUGAUUUUUGGUAG